ACUCGUUAAGCCCUACGCCAGAGUAGUUUGUGUACAGCGCUACCUGUGUUUCCAUUUUCUUUCAUAAUAUUACGGUGAUAUGAACUCUGAACAAAACAAUUAUAAUCACAGGGAUAAUACUAAAUGGCAAUAAGUACAGUAACCGUGUUCCAGCUGCCCAAACGAGACGGAAAUUGGAUAUUCUAGUCGCCUCCAGAACCACCCAAGCACUCCAUUGCCCUUAACUGUGAAAGGUUGGCGGUAGAGCGGCUCGCCCGUACGGUUGGUGAUCGGGAGGCGACGCGGGCGGUGCGGGCCUCCACGAUGGGCGCGGGCGGCUGGUGCUGGUGGUGGCGGGGCGGCGGAGGGCGGCGAUGGGGCCACAGGAGACAGAAGGGCGGUGGGCGGCAGGUGGGCGUGCUGCCCCUGCUGGCCGUGGCGCUGGUGCUGGGGGCGUCGCGCUUCCCCCCGGCGUGCCUGGCCGACUCCGACGACGGCGACGGCGCCAACGGCAACGCCAUCUCCAACUUCCGCGGCCGCAACAUGGACAAGGACUACGAGGUGUCCUACAGGUCCAUGGCCAAGGACUCGCUCAACGUCGGCUUCAUCAUGCCCAUCACGAGGCUCCGGCUGAGGAAGUACCAGGGCAAGAUCCGCGCCGGACUCAAGCAGUUCAACGACGAGCUGGGGAAGUACCGCUUCAGCUACACGGAAUUCAUUCAGAAGCAGUUUCAGAUCAACCCGUCGCCGACCAGUGAGUAGGCAGGGGCGCUCCCAGGGCUUUGGGUCUCUCAAAAGGCU